CUGUUAUUACCACCAAUGCGGUCCGAUUGAAAAGGGGUAAAGGAAAACGUAUUUUAAAACUAAAACCAAUAUUUACGCAGCUCGUUGCUUAUUGUUUUUGGACAUAAUUUAUAUAAAUAAAAAGCUAGUCAUAUCAGAGCUUUGAUAGUCAGCUGAUAACAGCGAACGCAACACAAGGUGCAACAACAAUUGGCAAAACAAUCGACCAAGAUAUCGCAGGCAAAAGCUCGAUCGAUUCCGAUUCCCCAGACCCCAGAUAUUCAGCCACCGUGAUCAGGGGAAGACCUCUGAGCUGCUGGACGAGAAGACUACUGAAGAUGGGCUGUGACGAAAAGCGAGAGCCCGCCGGCGGAAAACUCCUGGUUGGGGACAUUUCGGCGCUGACGAGGGACCACUGCCGCAUGCGUUAUCCGGCGAAAGUGGAGCGCAUCAUCAAUGAAUUCGUCAUGGGCGGACCUGAACGGAUGCAGGUUGUCUCCGACUUCGACUACACCAUCACCAAGCAACGCACGGAAGACGGAGGAGCAGUGCCCUCCAGUUUUGGUAUUUUUAAUGCCUGCAAAUCGCUGCCGGAGAACUUCAAGGAGGAGACGGACAAGUUGUACCACAAGUACAGGCCCAUCGAAAUAGAUCCGCACAUGCCAAUAGCCGAGAAGGUGCAGUACAUGAUCGAGUGGUGGACCAAAUCGGGGGAACUGACCAGCGGCUUCCCCUUUGACCAGUCGGAAAUAGAUCAGAUAGCCAGCAAAUACAAACAUGCGCUACGUGACCGAACCCACGAGUUCUUCGGGGACCUGCAGCGUCUAGGCAUUCCCACGCUGGUCUUUUCCGCUGGACUGGGCAACUCGGUGGUCUCCGUUCUGCGCCAGGCCAACGUAAUGCAUCCGAAUGUGAAGGUGGUAUCCAACUUCCUGCAGUUUAAAGAUGGUUUGCUGGAUGGCUUUCAGCAGCCAAUGAUUCACACCUUUAACAAGAACGAAACCGUGCUUGAUGGCAAUGAUUACUACGACCUGGUGCACACCAGGGACCACAUCAUCGUCAUGGGCGACUCCAUUGGGGACGCGGACAUGGCUUCCGGGGUGCCAGCCUCCUCACACAUCUUGAAGAUCGGUUUCCUUUUCGAUCAUGUAGAAGCCAACAUGGAAAAGUAUAUGGACACUUUUGAUAUCGUUCUCGUGGACGACCAGACCAUGGAUGUGCCCAGGACGCUGCUCGCCCUCAUCGAGAAGCAGCACCAGCUGAACCUGCAGGCUGGCAAGCAGAGCUCGCUUUAAUUCCCGAAGGCAGAAGAGCUCAGUCUGAAAUGUACUCGUAGCAACUCCCGCUCUCUCAUUAGCAGGCAAGUUGCUAACUGAAAACAACAGAAGCUACUAAUUAGGUGGUUUAGGCUAACCAUUUUACUCAUCGUAACGAAUGAAUGUAUAUUUCAUGUUUUCAAAUCAUAUUAAAGACAAUGUUGUGCUUUGCAAGA